AUAGCCGCUUUCGUCGCCGCUGUCUCCUCGUUGCGGGAGGCGGGUUCACGACUAGCGUUCUUGGCAACGUAAAUUCCCGAACAUCCUCCGAAGAACCGGCCCAUCGCGAAAAUCAUACCCUCAACCCCCCACCCACUAACUACGAACCACCAAACCUACUACCAACGACAAUACCCACCUCCGUCAACCACCAUGCGCUCCUCGGUUCUCCGCGUCACUCGCCAGCAAUUGCUGACCAGCUUCCGGCGCUACGCCUCGACCUCGACCUCGUCGAACGCUGCCGCGCAGGCACAGGCCGGUGCCGCAAAGGCCCAGGAAGCCGCUACCAAGUACGCCGGUAAGGCUAUGCAGGUGUUGGGCAAGUCCGGCGAGUCGUUCGCGAAGCUCGCCUCGAAGACCGGUGGCCGAACCGGAGCGGUGUUGAAGAAGAUUGAGACCGCCAUCCCACCCACAAUCUACUACUCCAAGGUCGCUUUCGAAGUCUCCAAGCUCGUCUUCCGUGGACAGAAGAUGACACCUCCUGACCUGGCUUCAUUCCAGUCCAGCUUCAAGUCGUUCCUCAACCCUGCCAACCUCAACACCUUUGCGCGCAACGCGAUUCAGUCGGUGCGCUCUGCAAACACGAAGGAUCUUGCCUUCGUCGGUGUGUUGGGUGCCGAGAUCUUGGGCUUCUUCACCGUCGGCGAGAUCAUUGGAAGACGGAAGUUGAUCGGAUACCGGGCUAAGGUUGAGGCUCACCAUUAAGCCGGCGUACAUACGAGAUAACAAGUGCGAAAAGUUUACGGGUUGGGUUGGGCGGAGGUGUAUAAAAGUUCCUGCGCAUGACUGCGUCAUCUCCAUCUUUCUAUUGCGGCGUGGGGGUGGGUAGCGCGGCGGUAUUUAGGGCUUGUACAGCUGCAAGCAAUAGAUCUUGCUUUCGGUUUGUUUUCGGUUUCU